AUGCAUCCUAACUCCCUCAUUCAACAAGCCAAGGUAUUCAUUGAGGAGUUGAGUCAACUUCAACAUGUUACCAAGACUCCAUCACCUGAUCUAGGGAGGUCAUCUCAAUGGGAAGCUCCUUCACGUGGCCAACUCAAGUUGAAUUGGGAUGCUGCCCUUGACAAAAACAACUGCAAGGUGGGUGUGGGAGCAAUUAUUCGAGAUCGGGAAGGAACAGUUAAGGCCACGAUGAGAAUGAAGCAUGAUCUCUACCCUGACCCACUACUGGUAGAAGCCUAUGCUCUCCUACAAGCAUCCAUUUUCUGCAAAUCUCUAGGCUGGAAAGAACUCAUCUUGGAAAGGGACUCUUUACAAGGUGUCAACUACCUCAAGACUGGUGAAGCCAAUGAUUCUUAUGUGGGCACCAUGAUUAGGGACACUAAGUCUAUUUUGAACUCUUUUACAUCUUGGACCGUGAGGCAUAUUCUUAGAGCUGGUAAUGUUGUAGCUCAUGCCUUAAGUCGUGAUGCACUUAGUAUUAGAGAUAGUAUCUGGUAUGUUGGUACUAUCCCAACUUGUAUCCAAACACUAUUUUAA